AUAAUAAAUGAAUUAGAUUAGAUUAAAUCGAUAAUGAAGAUGAAAAUUUGGUCUUAAUAUAAAUUCAAUAAAGUUAAAGAAAAGUUACUCUAGUAACAAAAUGAAGGUUUUUAUUUUUGCUGUUCUGCUAACCUCGUCUUUCGCCUCGCCAAGCUUACGUAUCAUUGGGGGACACAAUGCGAACGCUGGUGAAUUUCCUUUUGCAGCAGCAAUUUAUGUUCAAACUUCGACUGGGACCUAUUUUUGUGCGGGGGCUCUCCUGAGUAACCAAUGGGUUUUAACUAGCGGGAGCUGUAUUGACGGGGGUGUGUUAUUUUCAAUUCGUGUAGGAGCAAAUGCUCUCGAUUCCUCUAGUUCUGUAAAACUUACAACUGAUUCUUUUGUGUUGCAUCCGAGUUACAGCACAAAUCCUCGAGAUAACGACAUUGGCCUCAUUAAACUUCGACUACCAGUCCCCUUUAAUGAUUACGUUAACGCAGUUUCGCUUCCCACCAGAGAUGUGCAACCCUAUGCUGUCAUUACAGCAAUUGGUUGGGGACAAACUAGUGAUGAUCAUGCCGGACUUACCAAUGACCUUCAAGCUGUCGUUCUAACAGCAUUGUCAAAUGAAGAAUGCAAACUUGCUUUCGGUAGUCAAAUAAAUAGCAACAUGGUGUGCGUCGAUGGAAAUUAUAAUCAAGGAACAUGCUUGGGUGAUACUGGAGGUCCCUUGAUUCAGUAUGUUAGUGGACAUCUUGCAACAGUGGUCGGAGUCUCGAGUUUUAUCAGCGGAAAAGGCUGCGAAAGCACUGAUCCCUCUGGGUAUUUUAGGACCUUCCCGUACCUUGACUGGAUUAAAAAUGUUACAGGGAUUUAGAUAAAACAUUGUAAAAAAAAUAUAAAUAAAAAACUAU